AUGUCGAGAAAAUUACACUACGCACCCAAGAAAGAGACAUCUGAUAGCUUUGGAGAGCUUUCAGCUAAGCUGACUACCGAUCUGCGCAAUCAUGUGCGCUUUAUGGCCGACUAUCCUGUGCUCUCCGACGAAUGGAUCCGAAUGGCUGAGCAAAUUGGUCGCAUUGGCCACAUUACCGAGAUGGAGCGACAACUUCCCAAAAAGCAAGAUGCCACGCUUUGGGAGUGCGAAGAACUUGCCUUGCGUUACAUUCUUGAAGAUGGCAAGCUGAAUUUGUGUCUACGUAAUCUCAUCGAAUUUAACAAUUAUCUUAAGCGAAUGAUUGAGCGUGGUCCUGUUAAGACCGAGACAAUGACAAUAUUGGAAAAAUUUGAGCAUGGGAUGGGUCUGACUCUUAAAAAUGCAUGGCUUCAUGCUGAGGCAGUACAGACCACUGAUAUCCCUAUGCUGAUAGAGUAUAUUCAUGAUGUAUUGAUUUAUUGCCUUGAGCACCCAGGCUAUCUACCAAACAAGAAGAUAGACAAUUGCCAAGAAGUUUCAGUAAUAUAUUUUCUGCUUGGACUUUGCAAACAGUUAGACUCAAUCGAUGAAUCGAGUGUUAUGUCGCUAUUUGCUGAGAAGCGCAUUUUUUCGCUGCUGACUAUGCAUUUGAGCACUCACAUUAAUAUUUUAAAUGUUGCUGAUAUUGGCGUGGGUGCUGAAGUACUUGCCCUCAUUUGCAGUACAGAGGACUUUGAUUCUCAUGACGAUUGUUACGUCGAUUCACCCGAGGCUGAGUCAGCCCUUAUGUCGCUUUAUGAUGACUAUCUUGAAGAAGCGACUGAAGAUCUGGACACACGUAAGAGAUUGCGCCCACUGCUUGAUAUCUUGCGGCACUAUAAUUGUAGCCGCAAGUAG